AUGUCCAGAGAAAGGGAGAGCACAUAUGAUAUAGAGAUAGGAAAGAAGAUCAAGAGAGAGAAUGAGGCUGCGUUGGCGGCGGCUGCGUUGGCAGGUCAGAUUGGAAGACAACAACAACAACAAGCAGGAUCAUCAACGUUGAACACCAUAACUCCAUGCGCAGCCUGUAAACUAUUGAGAAGAAGAUGUGCCGAGGAAUGCCCUUUCUCUCCUUACUUCUCCCCUCACGAACCCCAAAAGUUCGCCGCAGUUCACAAAGUCUUUGGUGCUAGCAAUGUUUCCAAGAUGCUAAUGGAAGUUGCAGAGAUUCAAAGAGCAGAUGCAGCCAACAGUCUAGUAUAUGAAGCAAACGUAAGACUAAGAGAUCCAGUUUAUGGUUGUAUGGGAGCAAUAUCAGCUUUACAACAACAAGUUCAGCUUUUACAAGCUGAACUCAACGCCAUAAGAACUGAAAUAUUCAAAUACAAAUACACAAACCUCAUGCCGCCUCCUCCGCCACCACCUUCUAAUCAUAAUCAUAAUCAUAACCCUCAUCAUCAGGCCUCCGCCAUCCCCACCAGCUUACUAGUCUCAUCUGCAGGUAAUUUGGUCUCGGUCGCAGCUCUGCCGCCAUCCACCGCCAAUCUACCUGCUCAGCUAUCCCUUCCACCGCCGUCCACCGUGGUUGUGUCGUCAACAUCUUCUCCUUCUUCUAGUUUAAGUGUUUCUAAUUCGUUCGCCACAAAGUCAUCAGGAUAUAACAACAAUAAUAUUGCUAGUAAUGGUACUACUGGUCUUCCAUACUUUGGCUAGCUAAUUAAUCAAAUUAAUUUUGAGUAAUUAAUACAAAUUAAGUUGUUGUUAUGACUGUUUAUUGAUCACAUCACAUUAUAUAUAGUAUUAAUUAAUACUAUGAUCAUUUCGUUUCAAUUAUCAUCUAGAAUAU